AUGCCAUCAAGCUGGGCUGGGACAUUUAAAGCCCUCUACAAACAGAACUCUUCCAUGAUUACUUUUCUUACAGAUCCCCAUGCCAAGACACAGCAAAUAUCCAACAGCAGCUCCAUCAGCCACUUCCUCCUGCUGCCAUUGGCAGACACAUGGCAGCUGCAGCUCCUGCACUUCUGCCUCUUCCUGGCCAUCUCCCUGGCUGCCCUCCUGGCCAACGGCCUCAUCAUCAGCGCCGUAGCCUGCGGCCACCACCUGCACACCCCCAUGUUCUUCUUCCUGCUCAACCUGGCCCUCAGUGACCUGGGCUCCAUCUGCACCACUGUCCCCAAAGCCAUGCACAAUUCCCUCUGGGACACCAGGACCAUCUCCUAUGCUGGAUGUGCUGCUCAGGUCUUUCUGCUUGUCUUUUUCUUUUCAGUAGAGUAUUUCCUCCUGACCAUCAUGUGCUAAGACCGCUACAUGUCCAUCUGCAAACCCCUGCACUACGGGACCCUCCUGGGCAGCAGAGCUCAUGCCCACAUGGCAGCAGCUGCCUGGGCCAGUGGCUUUCUCAAUGCUCUGCUGCACACGGCCAAUACAUUUUUCCUGCCCCUGUGCCAGGGCAAUGCCCUGGGCCAGUUCUUCUGUGAAAUCCCACACAUCCUCAAGCUCUCCUGUUCAAAUUUCUGCCUCAGGGAACUUGGGCUUCUUUUGUUUUCCAUUUGUUUAGGUUUUGGUUGUUCUGUGUUCAUUGCUUUCUCCUAUGUGCAGAUCUUCAGGGCAGUGCUGAGGAUCCUCUCUGAGCAGGGACAGCACAAAGCCUUUUCCACCUGCCUCCCUCUCGAGGCUGUGCUCUCCCUGUUUAUCAGCACUGGGAUAUUUGCCUACUUUAAGCCCCCCUCAAUUUCUUUACCAUUCCUGGAUCUGGUGGUGUCAGUUCUGUACUCAGUGGUGCCUCCAGCCCUGAACCUCCUCAUCAACAGCCUAAGGAACCAGGAGCUAAAAAAGGAUGCCCUGUGGAGACUGAUGACUGGAGGAUUUCAGAAACAACAAACCAUCUCUUUUCUGCUACAGAGGGCAGUGCCCGUGAACAGAGGUGGAGGUUUGAAGUGA